GCUGGAAACCUAUUCAUGUAACAUCUUCAAAGUGCGGAGACGACCAAUAGUCCAGAUCCUGUAACGCAGACUAAAAUUUGAAUUAUUCACAAUCACUUUUUCACCAGCUGCAAUCCAUAUUAUCAGUUAUCAUGGAAGGUAUACCAAAUAGCCAAAACCAUCACAUUCAAAUCAAAGAAUCCUUCCUUGUAGGUAAUGCUCUUUUGAAUUUCACAUCAAUCUUUGUUUCCCUUGGAGUAUUCCUUUUUGGGUUCGAACAAGGUUUAAUGUCGUCAUUGAUCACCAAUAAAUAUUUCAAAGACUACUAUGACAACCCAACCCCCGCAGAAAUUGGGAUAAUGAUUGCAAUUUUGGAAAUCGGGGCACUCGGAUCAUCCUUUAUAGCAGGAAGAGUUGGUGAUAAAACAGGAAGAAGAAAGACAAUACGGGUAGGAUCACUUAUAUUUGUCAUUGGGGGUAUCAUUCAAGCAACUUCAAUUAAUAUUUUAAACUUAAGUGUGGGGAGAUUCAUUAGCGGUAUUGCCAUUGGGUUCCUAACUACAAUUAUCCCAUGUUAUCAAUCAGAAAUUAGUCCACCUGAUCAUCGUGGGUUCUACGCUUGCUUAGAAUUCACUGGAAAUAUAAUUGGGUACAGUUCUAGUAUUUGGUUAGAUUAUGGAUUUUCGUUUUUGGAAAAUGAUUAUAGUUGGAGAAGCCCCUUGAUUGUUCAAGUUGUCAUGGGAACAUUGUUAUAUUUAGGUACCUUCAUAAUUGUCGAGACUCCGAGAUGGUUAUUGGACCAUAACCAUGACGUGGAAGGUAUGAUUGUCAUUGCUGAUUUAUAUGGUGAUGGAGACGUGGAAAACGAACAUGCCAGAAACGAAUAUAGAAAUAUCAAGGAGAAUGUAUUGAUUGGUCGUAUUGAGGGUGGUGAGCGCUCUUACAGAUAUUUAUUCCAAAGAUAUGCAAAGAGAUUGUCAAUUGCUUGCUUUUCACAAAUGUUUGCUCAAUUCAAUGGUAUUAACCUUAUUUCAUACUACGCGCCCAUGAUUUUUGAAUCUGCUGGUUGGGUAGGAAGACUGGCUAUAUUAAUGACGGGAAUUAACUCAAUCAUUUAUAUUUUCAGUACUAUUCCGCCUUGGUUUCUUGUUGAUGGUUGGGGAAGAAAACCAUUACUUAUCUCAGGAGGUGUAUUGAUGGGAUUACCAUUAUUUAUCACUGCAUAUUCGUUAUAUUUGAAUAAUCAAUUAACUCCAACUGUGGUGGUUGUAUGUAUUAUAAUUACCAAUGCAGCAUUUGGAUACAGUUGGGGUCCAAUUCCUUGGUUGAUGAGUGAAGUAUUCCCCAAUACUGUCAGAUCAAAGGGAGCAGCAGUAAGUGUUGCAGUUAAUUGGUUGUGUAAUUUUAUUGUGGGAUUUGGAUCUCCCGUAUUGUUAGAUUUAAUCAAAUGGAAAACUUAUUUGAUUCCUGCUACAUCCUGUGUCAUUUCAAUAUUUGCAGUGUAUUAUUUGUUUCCUGAGACAAAGGGGUUAAGCUUGGAAGAAAUGGGAUCAGUAUUUGAUGACAAGUCUUCCAUUUUCUCAUUCCAUUCGUCUGGUAAUGGUUCUAACUCAAGUAUUCGUUAUGGUUCAAUAUCAGAACCUUCUGCUUCAGAGCCAUUACACCAAGUUUCAUCGGCUUCCAUUCAAAGAAACCCAGCAACCAUGAGAUCAGACUUGGAUGGAUAUAUAGCUGUUCCAGCAAGAAUUGCCUCUCCCUUGAAAAUUGAUAUUAAUUCUUCAGGUGCAUCAUUUGAUACUCCUCUUAUUACAGACAGUGUCCCGGAAGAGAUUGAACCACCCUCUUUUGAAGAAAUCAUCAAGUUUAAACAAAAGCAGUUUGCUCAAUCAAACAUGCUUACCAGAUUAUUUAUGUCAGGAACAUUUAGCUCACAGGAUGUUUAG